UGGAUCACUUGAUGUUCUAAACAUCAAUGAUCUGGCUACUCCAAAUAAUCAUCACAAUGGAUCUGCAGGUUAGUUUCCUAUAUCUAUUUUCUGUGGUUUAUUGCUUUACUCUUCUAGCAUAAUAUUUGUAAUGCCUGGCUAAGUAGAACAAGUAAUAUCACUCUUGGCAGAAUUUUUUGGUAUAAUUGUUUUAUUAUCAUGCCAGAUGCAGAGGGUGCUAUUCCACAAGUGGAUUGCACUCUUUCAGAUGCUAUCUUACUCUCCUUCCCAAACAGGUUGAGGCUGUGCAUCCUGGGGAUUUUAGACCAAUCAGUUUGGUUCACAGUUUUGCUAAACUUCUCACUAAAAUUCUGGCCAACAGAUUAGCACCUGAGCUACAUAAAAUGGUCAGCAUAAAUCAAAGUGUCUUCAUCCGAGAUCGAUGUAUUCAUGAUAACUUUCUUAUGGUCAACCAAACUGUCAAGAUGCUGCACAAAAAGGGCAUCCCUGCUCUCUUCUUGAAAUUGGACAUUAAAAAGGCAUUUGAUUCUAUGAGCUGGGCCUUUCUACUAGAAAUUCUUCGUCAUCUGGGUUUUGGACAGAUUUGGUGCAACCUGAUUCUGAACCUGCUCAUGACAUCCUCUACCCAAGUUCUUGUGAAUGGAGUUCCUGGCCAGCCUAUAUGUCACAAAAGAGGGUUGAGGCAAGGAAAUCCCUUAUCCCCUCUUUUGUUCAUCCUUGUCAUGGACGUUCUUAACAGCCUUUUCAUCAAAGCUAAUGAGUGUGGGCUAUUGCAAGCCCUUGCUGGUAGAAAUAUCAACCAAAGGGUCUCAAUGUUUGCGGAUGAUGUAGCUGUCUUUAUCCUGCCUUACUUCCUUAGAGACUGGGUUCAGAGAGGAACUGCAGCUUUGGUUUUUGGCAGGUGCCAAGAACUUGCGUACUCUUUUUUAUCCUGGUUAGAGGAAGGUUUUUAUCCUCUUUAUUUGUUGUGGUGUUAGAGUAGUGGGUGCGUCUGGUGUGCGUAUGUUGUGUAAGUCUGGUGUGUGUUGGAGUGUUUUUUUCUGUUUUGUUUCAAGCUCCAGGCCUUUUCCCCUCUUCUUUUAAUAUAAUGAUUCUUUUAAUGUCAUGAUACGCAACUAUCCGGCGUAUUCGAGAGAAAAAGAGGCGAUAAAGAUCACUUCUUUGUGCAAUAUCAACAUGAAGGAUGCAGGUGAGGCUGCCAUUUCUGCAUAAACAGUCAAAUAAACUAAUUAAGAAUAAACUACUUUCUUGUGCUAUGGUAUUUCAAUUUUUCAACAUAGGCACAUUGGCAACAACAUAUGUUGUGAUUUUUAACAGACUAGGUACUCCCUUGGUCCCUCCAGUCUCUUCUACAUGUUGAAUAGGAAUUUGUUGUGGUUUUUAGAGUUUUUUUUAACAAAGUGGCAUGAGCUCUGCCUUUCAAUUAAUAAAAGAGUAUAUGUACAAGGUAGUUAUUAAUAAUUUUCCCUAUCUCUGUAUUUGGCAUGGUAGCAAAAGGUACUAAAAAUGUUGGUGAAUUGUUUUUCUUUUUUCGAAAAUAGUUCAUAGCCUAAGUUUUAAAAGGUUGGCUGGACAAUCUACAGGAUGCCAUCUAAUUUGGACUGGAAGUAGUUGUAGAUAUAUGUCUUCCUCUGUUGAUUUAUCUAAACAAAGAAUGAACUUUUAAGGUAAUAUUACUUUGUGAAGUGUGUAAAGAGCCCUUUCGUUACAUUAAGGUUUAUCAUGAACUUCUAUUAUGCAGGCUCUCAGCCAAGGUCAGUAUAUCCACGCUGUUGGUAAGAAUGUUCCUGAAUUUGAUCUGUUUUAUGAAAUGUCAGUAGUGUGGAUUGGCAGAUUGUCUUCACCCUUUGGUCAUCCAGAUGUUGCAGAAGCUGUUGAUUAUCGUGAGGAUCCUCUUGGUUGUAAAGUGUCCCCAUCUAUAAACUAUGGCACCAGGCAGAAAAAUUAAGAUCUGGAACUCCAAAGCGGUGAUGUUUCCUUCACUAUUAGAAAUCAUAUGUAAUAUGUAUUGUUCCUACUGAUUGAAUUAAAGCUCAAUUCUAUCCAACUAUUUGAA